AUGCAAGCUGUCGACCGGUCUCAGUUCCCAAAGCUGGAAAAUGAUCUUAUUCUAAGGGCUGCUUUAGGAGAAACUGUUGAAAGACCACCUUGUUGGAUCAUGCGUCAGGCUGGUCGUUACUUGCCUGAAUACCACGAAGUUAAAAACGGGCGCGAUUUUUUCGAAACUUGUCGGGAUGCUGAUGUUGCUAGUGAAAUCACUAUUCAGCCUGUCAGGCGCUACGCAGGUCUUCUGGAUGCAGCCAUCAUAUUCAGUGAUAUCCUCGUCAUCCCACAAGCGCUGGGUAUGAAAGUUGUGAUGGUUGAAGGAAAGGGCCCUCAUUUCCCAGAGCCAUUGAGGACAGAAGAAGACAUGCAAAAGGUACUAGAGUAUCACACGGACGUGCUCAAGGAAUUAGACUGGGCCUUCAAGGCCAUUACCUUAACGAGACACAAGCUCAAUGGCCAAGUGCCGCUUCUAGGUUUCUGUGGUGGACCAUGGACUCUUAUGGUGUACAUGACCGAAGGUGGUGGAUCGCGUUUAUUCAGAUUCGCGAAGCAAUGGCUAAAUCAAUUCCCCGAGCUGACUCAUAGGCUUCUGCAAAAGAUUACUGAUGUCGCUAUUGAGUUCCUAGCCCAGCAAGUUGUAGCUGGUGCUCAAAUGCUUCAAGUUUUCGAAAGCUGGGGAGGUGAAUUGAGCUCGUCUGAUUUUGAUGUAUUCUGCUUGCCCUACGUGAGACAAAUAAGCCAAGCACUUCCGCAAAGAUUGCGGGAACUGGGUGUCACUGAAAAGAUACCGAUUACCAUUUUUGCUAAGGGCUCUUGGUAUGCCCUUGAUAAGUUGUGUGACUCUGGCUACAACACUGUAUCGUUAGACUGGUCCUGGGACCCCAAAGAUGCUGUUAAGAUCAACGCUGGCCGCGUCACGUUGCAAGGCAAUCUUGACCCAGGCGUGAUUUAUGGUACUGAUGAUAUCAUUACCAAGAAGGUGGAAGCGAUGAUCACGGGCUUUGGCGGCGGAAAAUCCAAUUACAUCGUCAAUUUUGGUCAUGGAACUCAUCCUUUCAUGGAUCCCGAGAAGAUCAAAUUCUUCUUGCAAGAGUGCCACAGGGUAGGUAGCCUGUAA